AUGAACAGCAGUGCCUUCUUCUUCACCAAGCACUUGGUGGGCCUGAGGGCAGCCCCCAGCCACAAACUCAAUUAUCUUCUGUAUCUGCAGGGAAGCGAGAACCAGCGGGGCAGCUCCUCAGGGGCCAGGCCAUCCAGGGAUUUCUCUCUGACGGCAUCGGCACGAAGCUACACACGAGGCACGGCGGGAGUGCCAGCACAACCCCUGCCUGCCGCCGGCCCUUUCGGGCACCUCCCUUGGGCAGCAUUCCGGCUGUGGCAGGAGCCACGGCAGAGGCAGCCCCGGCACGGAGCUGUCGCUCCCCAGCCAGCCCCGGCCCCCGGCGGACUCGGCUCCAUCCCCGUGCGGGCGUUCGCGCCGAGCAGGCGCUGCGGGGGCUGCACCAGCCUGCUGCCGGCCGCUUCCAGCCCCUUCCUGCCGCCCUCCUGCCUGGCACCGAGCGGAGAGAGCGCCGAGGGCAGCCCCCCGCCCCGCCACCCAGCCGGGCCGCCGCUCCCCUCGGGGCCGGAGCGCGUUCGGCGCCAGGUGCCGGCCCCGCCGGGCCCUGUGCCCGCGGACAGCGCAGGAAGCGCGGCUUGCGACACAGCGGGGCUCGCUGGGACACCGGGGCUCUCUCUGCAGGGCAGGGCACGGCGAAGCGGUGGCCGCGGGUGCCUCCCCGCCGGGAGAGCGGUCCGGCCGGGCUCGGACCGGCCGUGCCUGCCCCGGCUGCUCAGGGCCGCCAUGCCGCCCCCACUCACCUGCCGCAGGCGCCGGCCCCGCGGGCUGGCCCGGCCCGCGCUCCCCGGGCUGGAAGCGAGACCGCGGAAAGGCUGA